GAAGGUGUUGGGGAGGGAUAUAAAGGGAACGGGGGAUUAUUGGGCGUAUAGGAUUGUUUGUUUGAGUAAUGGGGAUCUUUUUGCUGCGGAUGUGGUGAUGGUGCCGGGCAGUUGGUGUCCGAGGUUUCUGCCGCCUAUGGGAUACAAUGAUCAAGAUCCUGAAAGGAACGUGCUACUAUUGAAGGAUUGGUUAGACAACUGCCGACUCAAUCAUACGAAAUGCCGCGAGAUCAAAAAGACCAUGGAGACGGGCACCGAUUUCUUGCCAACUAGACUGCUCGAUGUUCAAGCAUUCGGAACGGGUAGUAAAUCAUUAUCCUAUCUUGGGAACGACGUCAGGCUCGUGUCUUUAAGUCCAACAACGGGCCCUGAAUCAGAUAUGAACAAGUUCCCGCCGCCCUACUUCACACUCAGUCACUGCUGGGGUCCGCCAGAAAAGCGCCCAACGACGACAACCAAGGCCAACCUAGCCCAACGAAUGGAGAGAAUCCCGCUCUUUGAGCUGCCAAGAACAUUUCAAGACGCAAUCGAAAUAACCCGCAAACUAGGCCACCGAUACCUCUGGAUUGACUCGCUCUGCAUCGUCCAAGACGACGAGCAAGACUGGGCGCACGAAGCCGGUUUGAUGGCCAAGGUGUACUCACACUCAUCCUGCACGCUCUCCGCGCUGAGCUCCAAAGACAGCAGUGAGGGUUUGCAUCUGGAACCACUAGAUGAGGACCGUUCCUAUAUGGAUCUCAUGAUCACCUCACAUGCAUCUCCCGCUGGUGGUAGUGGUACUAAAAAAAGCGACAUGGACGACCCCUUCUUCUUCCGGUUUCGAAUGUUCUACUCCCUAGAUCACUGGGACACACUCUACAACGGCAAAAUCCAACUCGGACUCUGUGACGACAUUUCGCCCCUCCGCUCGCGCGCCUGGACGCUCCAGGAGCGCGAGCUCUCGCGGCGAAUCAUCCAUUUCGCCAAGAAUCAGGCACUGUGGGAGUGCGCGGAGCUGAAAGCGACUGCGCAGCGGCCGUGGCAUCACUCUGUCUAUCCUGCGCUGGACCCGGAACAGGAAUGGAAGGAGUGGGCGGGGAUAAAGAAAAGUCUUGAAAGCCUAAGCCUUCUUCAAGACCGUGACGGCAAUCCGGUCCAUGUCGCUGCCGCUGCCGUUACCGCUUCUUCUUUGCUCUCAGCCUACAGAGGGGAACAUGAGUGGUGGGAAAUGGUGUUCGAUUACAGCCAGCGGUUGCUAUCCAAAGACACGGACAAACUGGCCGCUUUGUCCGGGAUGGCGCAGUUUUACCAGCGGAACCACUUCCCUCAUGCGCGGUACGUGGCUGGGCUAUGGAGCUCUCGGCUGGAGGAAGAGUUAUUCUGGGAAGUUGACGACAGGACGAGCGCGAGCAGACCGGCGGAGUACGUCGCGCCGAGCUGGUCGUGGGCGGCCGUCAAUGGACGUGUAAGUUUUAGGCCGAAGGAUCCUGUCUGGAGGUUUCAGUCGAUGAGGAAGAAUAUAUUAGCCGAAGCUGAGAAAGAUCCCGCCAAUCCCGUCGAUGCCAAAGACAAAGACAGAGACAGGGAGAGAGAUCCACGCAAAGUGAUAUGCGAAGAAUGGAAAGUGGAGGAGGUCAACUUACUCCCCAGGUACGACGACCAGUAUGGGGCACUGAAAGGCGCGAGUCUGAUCAUAGGCGGUGCCCGUCUCGUUGAGGUGAAACUGUUUACCGAAACCUUGAUCGAGCCAGAUCCUGAGUACAUUCAGGGGUUUCAUCGUCAUUACGGCGGCUUGAAGAUAGACGGUCGUUGGGUGGCUGAUCAUAGACUUGAUGUUGAAGGGGAAGUAGAACAGAGUGGUUGUAGACUGUGGUGCUUGGGUAUGGUGGCGGAAAAACAUUACAGGGAGAGGCCAGUGAUAGGGGGCCUUCUUCUCAGGGAGGAGAGGCUUGAUGUCGAUGGGGAUCUUUGUGUUUACAGCCGGGUGGGAAAGUUCCACAAUAUGGCGGUGGCAUUGUUUGAUGGUGUUGAACCACGGCGGAUCAAACUGAUAUGAGCGAACGGUUAAGAUGAAGAUCAGGGCAGACGAGUCAGUCGACCUGGGUGGAAGAUAUCAACUUUGUAGAAGAGAACAAGGAAAGAGCUACCAUGGAAAGCUGCUUCUGCUCCGGGGAUCAAACAAUCCCCAAGUCCCUACAUAUUAUACCUGUUUAGGCUAGGUCUGGGGGGUGAAAGAGCGAUUCUAGCCCAGACGAGUCCAAUUGUUUCAUCCAGUUGGAAAGGGCAGAUGACGGCCGAGAGCUCGUGGAAUGAGCGACCCGCUGAUCGAGACGGGAGUGGACAGAGACGAGGAUGAGAGUGAGGAUGGGCUAAGUGGUGGUUGCAGUAUCCAAACAUCAUUUUACAUGAGGAGGGCUUGGGGAAACCACAUGUUG